AUGGCCAUUUUCCGGUGGGCUGAGCUCAAGACGUUAGAUUUCGAGGGCAACUUUUCACUUGGAAAGGCAGACUGCAGCUUUGCAGCGGUAAGUCCCCUCUUUGAGGAGUGGCUAGAGAGGCGUCACGGCGUCCUCACCUACCGCCUGACGCAGGUGCUUACCGGACACGGAAGUUUCGGUAGGUACCUGUUUCGGAUUCGGCGGGAGGAAACGCCCGGGUGUCGUCAUUGCGAGGACCACCCGGAGGACACGGUGGAGCAUACAGUAGCGGUGUGCCCUGCAUGGGCUGAGCACCGCCGUGUCCUUAGGGAUGUGAUCGGCGACGGUGACCUCUCGCGUCCGGCCCUGGUUCAGGCCAUGGUGCGGAGCGAGGGGGAAUGGGACGCCGUCUCCUCCUUCUGCGAAGCAGUCAUGCUAGCUAAGGAGGAGGCGGAGCGCUCAAGGGAACGAUCCUCCUCACGCCCCAGCCGCCGCAGAAGACACUCCGGGCGUCGGGGAUCGCGUGACGAUCUCCGGCCACCGUAAGUGCGGGUCUGCGGACGACGAGCAAGGGUAGCUCGCCGCCCGAAUAAAAUCAGACCCGUGCGUACGGCGC